AUGAAAUUUUAUUUUCAGCCAAAUGAUAGUUUCGAAUUCACAAUCAAACCAAGGCGUAAAAACUACCCAAGAAUGGAUCUGUUUUGGAUGUACACUACGAGCAAUGAAUCAUGGGUAGCCGGCACAUCAGGCGAUGGGACCAAAUAUAAAUACACCUAUCCACUGCAUGAUGAGACGUGCGCUGGUGAUCUUCUAGGGCAUAUCUUUUGGGUGCCUUGCAAUCCAAGGAAAGUCGCCGAGUAUGGACCACAUUGGUAUCUCGACCAUCCAUCAAAGAAUUUUACUUGGAACAGGUCCCACUAUAACGUCAAAAGGAAUGGAAAGUGCCCGCGCAAAGCCGUCUUGGCUUUAACCAUUCCUGUAGUGGCGAUUGGAAUGCCUAUAAUGCCUACAUUGACUUGA